UGUCAGCUGUCAUUUAUGAUGGCCGCAAUAUUGUGAUUUUGGUAUGUCGUUUUGUGAUGUGUUUACUUGGCAUAUUUUAUCGCUUUCCACUGAAAUCCACACCGCGUCGCACUGCCAGAAUAGUUUUUAGAAAUAUACUAGUUUAGUUGAUAAACUGAAAUUUUAAAUCGGAACCGCAUAAGUAUGUGGCGCGCGUAACGGAUGCAUCGUUUCCUACAUUCUUGUGCCAUAAAUGUAUAACGUAACGUUUGUUUCGUGAUGUUAUUGCGAAUCGGGGCCGGGUAACGUUGGAAGAUGCCUUUCAAGCUGAAGUUGAAAAAGACGCGGCAGUACAAUGUUGCAUCGAAGAGUCUUUUCGUAAUAAGCGUCGAGCUGUUGGACGGCGGUGUCGCAGACUGCACGUUGUCUGUGGAUAGCACGGGGCAGGAGUGUCUCGACAACGUGUGUCAGCGGCAGGCUAUAAACCAGCCAGAGUUCUUCGGUCUCCGAUAUAUAAACCGAAGUCAACAACCGCGAUGGGUGCAGUUGGAUCGACCGUUGAAGCUCCAAUUGGACAAGUUCGCUUCAUCCCACCAGCUGUAUCUGCGUGUUAUGUAUUACGUGAUAUCUGGCACGAGUUUGAUCACGGAUGAAGUUACCCGUUACCACUACUUUCUUCAGUUAAAAAAUGACUUAGUGGAGGGUCGUAUUAUCUGUGAUUGUCAACAAGCAGUGGUGCUCGCGUCGUACAGCCGACAGGCUGAAUAUGGCAAUCACGACAGGGAACGUCACACCGUAGAGUACUUAAAAAAUCUGCUGACAUUUCCAAAACAAAUGCUGGAUGGAGGUCAAAUAAUUGAUGGCAGUACGCUGGCGGAAACCGGGAGGCUGGAGUGGCUUACUGCUGCCGUGAUUCAACAUCACAUGUCUUUACACAACAUGUCACAGGCUCAAGCCGAAGAAGGUUUCAUCAUGACAUGUCAGCAGUUACGCGGCUACGGGCAGGAGAUGUUCAUGGCGCGAGAUAAACGGGACCAGAGCGAAGUUACCAUUGCUAUCUCGCUCACUGGUAUCAGAGUACUGACUGAUACAAGUGACACGCCUCACUUUUACAGGUGGAUGGACAUCACAAAUGUGAUCAAUCACAAGCGCACCUUCAGCAUCGAAUGUCAGAAGCAAGGAGAAUCUGUGACCUUCACGCUACCGAGCCCUGAAGAUGGGAAGUACGUGUGGCGGAUGUGCGUCCAUCAGCACACCUUCUAUAUGAAGCACCAGGAAGCUCUCAGCGUUUCUAUCGAUGAACAUCGGCCGAAGUUCCAAGAGCAUGGUCUAUCAGAAAGCCGUGAAGAGCUGGACGUUCGAGAGGUAGGCAGCACGUCUCGUUUGGAGCCACUGACAGCGGCUCAUCGAGCACAUUCAACGUCCUGCCUGGAACUGGCAGAUCAUCGUCCUCAGCCCAGAAACAGAGCACUUCUUCCAUCCUAUCGCCCAGCACCUGAUUAUGAAACUGCAAUCCAACAAAAAUAUCAGCAACAAAGAGCAGAAGCCCAACUUCGAUAUCAGAAUCAUCACGCACAUUCCCAACUCCUAAACACAAAUGCACAGCCCUUAGUGUAUGGCUCUCACCCUGAUAUCCACAGGGUUCACUACCCUGAUGUCACCAGACACACGGUUUCCGUCAACCAAGGGGUUGCAGCCACAGACGACUAUGCUUAUGGCCUUAAGUUUGUGGGAAACUACCCCAUGGCUGUCAACCCCAACGUACAAACCGAUCAUGCAAUGCACUAUGUGAAUGUAUAUAAGCCACCACCGCCAUACCCGUCCAACGGCCUAGCGUCUAAUUCGACUCCAGAUCUAGCCGUAGCCAGUCAAGCCCUGAAUUAUCACAGGGGCUACAUCAACUCCCAUGUAUCCGGAUCUAGUCCCGAUCUAGUUUCAACGCGAACAGCUUUAAAUAGACAAUACCUAGGAUACGUCAACCCCGCAGGCCACAACGUAGUCAACUAUGGCCGGCCGAAUAUCCUCCCUGCUACUCACGGUACCUACAACAAUCUCACAUCCGUCCUGGAACCUAACCCUCAUAUCAUUAUCGAUCCCCAUCACAUAUCGGACAACAUACAGAAGGUCUACGACGAGAGAGGAAACAUAAUGUACUCGAUGCCGAUGAGACGAAUAUCCUACCAGAGGCACCUGGUGCUGCCUCAGCAAAUGAAACACAGCGAGGCUCAGGAGCCUAUAUACGAAAACGUGCCGUUACCCUGGCAGAACGAACACGGGAAGCUGACGAUGAGAGAGCGCGCUCAGAGUCUGACGACCACCGACGAGAUCGCUCGACUCAACGAGCGAAACGGCAGUCAUCCCGCGAUAAACAACAACGGAAACGUCACGCCGAACAUCAACGUGACCAACUACGUCACUAGAAUAGAUAACGACAGCCACUACGUCAACGCGCAGAUCAUCAAAGGCGUCCGAGAAUCGAGCGUGCCCAGGGAGACGACACUAUCGACCAGGUCGAUACCCGAGACGGACUCGAUGCAGAACGUUUCCCACGAGUUGGAGAGGGUGUCGUUGAAAGACGACAAGGAUUACGACGAGACUCCCUACCAGAGCCUGUCGACGCACAAGCUGUCCAACAACAAUACGAUCAGCAAGUCGGUGGACAACGUGACGUCGAUAAGCGUACCCGACAUGCGCGCGGGAGACACGUCGGCUGACAAUGCUCUAUCGAGUUCCAUCGUGAACUCGACCUACAGCACUAGCAUCGAACUGGAGGGCAGCAAGACGAACAUCACCAAGGAGAAGAAGAGGAGGCGGUGGGGCAUGUUCAUGGGGAGGGGGAACAAAACGGUAGAAGUGAAGAGUGCGACGCUCGGGAGGGACCGCGCGAAGGCGGGCCAGCCGGCCAACAAACACAGGUGGUCCACCGGCCUCCCCAAGUUCCAGCCCCUACCUCCGAGCAUUACCAAAGAAACUUUGUGCCAAUUAUUAGAACGCAAAAUGUCGGACGAGCAGCUCGCAUUCGCCUUCGAGCAGAUACCCAAGGGGCGCGAGGGGGACGCGGAGUACCGCACCGCGCUGCUGCCGCAGUACGCCGCCCUCAACGGGUUCAGCGUCGACAACAUCCCCUACGAGGACAACAGGGUGCGGCUGCAGCCCACGCCCAGCAAUCCCCACGGGUACAUCAACGCGUCCCAUGUCACCAUGACAGUGGGCAGCUCGCAGCGGUUCUACGUGACGGCGCAGGCGAGCGGGGCGGAGCACGCGGCGCCCGCGUGGGAGUGCGUGUGGCAGGUGGGCGCGCGGGUGCUGGCGCUGGUGGGCGCCGACCCGCCGCGCUACCUGCCCGCCGACGGCCGGCCCGCCGACUACGGCCAGUUCCAGGUGUCGUGCGGGCGCUGGUCGCGCGCGCCGUGGGGCGGCUCCGUGCGCGUGCGCGUGCGCCGCGCCACGCGCACGCGCACGCUGUGGCACGUGCACUACAGCGCCUGGCCGGCGCACGCGCACGCGCCUGCGGACCUCGGGGGAUUUCUAGACUUCCUGUCGGAGGUGAACGGGCUGGGCGAGGCGGAGGCGGCGGCGGGCGGCGCGCUGGCGGCGGCCCCGCUGGCGCUGUGCGGGCCGCGCGCCGGGCCCGCGCUGGCCGCGCACCUGCUGCUGCACGUGCUCGACACCAACCAGGAACUGGACAUUCCUCGAACGAUCGGCCUCCUCCACCAGCAGAGAGCGAACUUGAUAGAGAACGUCCACCAGUACAAGUUCCUCCACCAGAUCCUGCUCCAGUACUUGAAACAGUCGCGCCUCAUAUGAGGACGCCGUAAGUCACAACUCAAGCCACAGUAGAUCUUAUUGCGAAAGAAUCGAUACGAAGUGCCUUUAUAAAGUAUUACGUGAACUUCGUUUACUCCGGAUGUAGUUUAGACUUCUACGUGAACAUGGUGCCGAGACCUGCCUGUGAUGUAACAUUCGUUUAGUAAUGUCUGUCCGUCUGUUUGUUGCGCACUCUCGGCCAAACCACUCGAGUGAAUUUGAUGAAAUUUGAAGUAUGAGUAUGAAGCAAGUUCAUAGAUCAAGGAAGGCCAUACGCUUUUUACUUACUUUUUUAAACCUAACACCUGGCUACCGACCCCCUAAAACGGGAGCAAAACCGCAGGCGAUAACUAAUAUGCUCAAAAAAAGAGAAAAAUCAGUAUCAAUUUUCUAAUCAACAUAACAUCUUUCAUCUACGCAUAUGUGAUGAUGAAAUGACGCUCCAAAUAAUACGCGCACCAAAUCUCCGGUUGCUGAAAGAAUGAUUUCCUGGCGUCUUACACAUUCUAUGUAACUUGCUAAUCACUUCUGUAUGAUGCACUGCACAACACUAAUCCACUUAACAACUCAAGUAGGAUAGUGUUGUGUUAUAGUCAUAAUAAAAUCCAUAAUGAAUACCAUAGAUUCUUUAUAGAUCUUUAGCAAUGACGUCGCAGCUGAAAAAUUUAAGAUCUGUAUAAAUAGUACUGUUUUUCUAUCGCUUUUACCAAUUCAAAGUUACAUUGUUCAUUCAAUCAAGGAACAUUCCGUAAACGGCCGGAUAUUGGACGAGUCUAAUAUCCGGCCUUGCAAAUCAGUCUGCGUGAAAGCCUUCCUUUACAUAAAUUAUAAUAUAUAUUCACACCAGAUUCCCGGCCUGACUUCGUACUGAAAAAAAAUCAUACAAAGUUCACUUAUAUUUUUUUUUCUCUUGAUGUGGAAUCAUCCAAACUUUCUUUCAGGAAUAAAAAUUUAACCUAUAAAUAUAAGCUAACCGACGUACCGUUGUUUAAUUUAAAACGUGGCGGCAAAUUCACACGAGCGAUGACAAAACGAUUUGUUUCAUAUUUUUCUUUCUCAUAACAAGAUCGCGAGUGCUACGUUACAGGCGAAUGAUACAAACCAGUAGACCAUAAGUUUAUUAUUUAUGCUCAAAGUAAUAAAUUAAAUUUAUGAUUAAUGAAAAAACAAAUAACAAUACAAAAAAAAAUACUAUUCCUUAUGGUUUUGCUCAAAAUUACAGCUCCACCGUUAUUUUAUUUGCACAAUAAAGUUUAAUGUUAUAACGCGUGCCAAUUAUGGAAACCUGUAUCAAUGGCGGAAAAGAUUUCGGUUAGUAUGGUUAGCAAAAUCAUUAUUCUCUUUUUAAUUAUUGAAAUUACUAUUAAAGUGGAUUCAUUAAUAACAUUACUAAUAUUAUUUGUGAUUUAAGAUUCAUAUGAGCUUGUUUUGGUGUGAAAUAAUUUGAUAUUGCAUUGAUAUAUUAAUUACUGAUCAAUAAAAAUCAAUUUAUUUCAUUUUCCCUUAUUCAAUGAAGACGUAUGUCCGGAAAAUAUAAUACCUUGACCUGAAAUGAACCGGCGAAUAAAACCCAGCGGGUUUUAUUUUCGUAAUAGACAAAUUUUAAACUAUUUGCAACACAACGUAAUGUUAUGUAUUUCGAUUACUGCGCGCAUCUGAAACAGGAAUAUUGUGCGAGAGAGAUAGCACGAGAUUCGUCACCAUUUAUAAAUGUUUUCCUAAUCGGCACGGGUAGUUAUGUAAUUAAUAAACGUACUGCACUGAUAUCUGUAUAAACGACUGACGCUCGCCUUCCACCUUCAUCUAGUUAUUUUUUUUAUUUUUUGUAUAUUUUUGUAUUUAAACUUACUAAUCGAGUUGUAUAUUUUAAUGUAGUUGUUUGUUUUUGAACUCUCGUGUAGUUUGUAACAUUAAAGUAUUAAGUAUCGUGAUGUGUGCCUUAUAUUUAUAAAUAUGAUGUUUCUCUUAAACGUCCAAAGUCUAUUUCAUAUUGUUAAAAAUAUUUUAAAGUAUUUUUGUGUCUAGCAAAUUUAGUUAACAACAUAGUCCGUUUUUCUCAUACAAAUGAUCAGGCAUGUUUGAAAAAUCUGAAACAUUUGAAUACAAAAUUGCUAUUCGAGAGAA